AUUGACUUAACCGACAAGUGCGCCCGAUAGUUACAGAUUGUAACUAUUGGGACGUACCUACUAGGGAUGUCAGAUAUUCAUUAUGCUAAGGAAACAAAAAAGAACACUCAUUAUAAAAAACCCGAGAGCAGGACAGGACGAGGCAGUCAGAGAAACGGAGGGCCAACCUGACAUUGCAAUACAUGAUGGGCCGCGGCGCGGACCAAGUGUACGGCAAGCCAUUGCGGCCAACGCGCAUGAAUUCAUUUUCCUAUAUUUUUCAGGUUUUCUUAUCCUCUUUUUAAUGCGCGUUGGCCGCAAUGACUUGCCUUACCAGUGAGCAAGUGAACAAGUGAACCAGUGGUCCAGUGGUCGAAUCAAUCAGAAGCCGAAACACAAAACGACAGGGAUUAACGUGUCACCGACACACUUUUGUGGCUUGAGUCUCUGGGUAUUCGACGUACAGCAGAAUGACAUCGUGGCUUUUAUUUCUGUAGAUCGACUACCGCUUCAUAUCAGGUUCGAUAUUACGGAGGUAGGUAAGAUGGAAGUAAAAUGGAGGUCAAAUCGACUACAUACUGGAGGUGGAGACUAGUGGUAGGUCCACUGAUGAUCGACCAGUCACUAGUCUUUUAAGUAUCAAUCGUGACCAAGAAUUCACGUAUGCAGUGGCCAUGCACUUAAU